ACUGCCUGCUGUGUAUCUAAUCCUAUCAUGUGUGAUACUGUCUGCUGAGCUGUGCAUCUAAUCCUAUCACGUGUGAUACUGUCUUCUGUGUAUCUAAGCCUGGCCUGUGUGAUACUGUCUGCUGUGUCUAAUCCUAUCAUGUGUGAUACUGUCUGCUGAGCAGCUGUAUCUAAUCCUUUUAUGUGUGAUACUGUCUAAUUAACCACUGUAUUUAAUCCUGUCAUGUGUGAUACUGCCUCCUAAAAUGCUGUAUCUAAGCCUGGUGUGUGUGAUGCAGUCUGAUAAACUGUGUAUCUAAUCCUAUCGUGAGAUACCAUCUGUUGAGCUGUGCAUCUAAUACUAUUAUGUGUGAUACUGUCUGCUGAGCCGCUGUACCUAAGCCUAUCAUGUGUGAUACUAUCUGGGAAUGACUCUGCAAGAUGAUAUCUAAGCUCGGUGAUACACUAUAUUUUCAGUAUCCUGGUGAGACUCUUGCUCCUUGACUAUUGUAGGGCAGAAUCAGCAGCUGAGUGCGGGGCCCGGGCAGGGUGAUUAGUCAGGGGCCACUCCCGCUCUGGGGUCAGGUCCUGGUCUCUGCCACUUCAUGUACCAGAAAUGACAAAACAGCUUAAAAGUCUUCCCUGUAAUCUGCCGCCUGUUAUUAGGGGAAUUCCAUCUCUAGCAGUGACGGGCAGGAUGAUUAUGCUGGGCAGUGUAGUGUGGAAUCCAGGGACGAGCCCGGGCAUGCUGCGGCCCCGGGGCCCUAUAAGAUGUGGCAGGACGGGCAGUGUAGGAGCCGCAAAGAGCCUGGACACAAGUACCAUCCAGCUGCCCGACUGACAGGGGCAGGUACAUGUAUCAUUGGCUUAGAUACAGGGGAGCUGCAGCCAUAGUCACAUAAGUGGAGACAUCAUAGGAUACUAUGAAUGAUCCCAUCUGCCUCUAGAUCUACAGGAUUCCCGCUGUUACAUUGUAGCAGAUCCCCUCCCCUGGGCAAUGGCCGAUCACCUGCCGUCUCCUUCUGAGGAUGUCGCGGUCGUGGCGGUCGCUGGAAACGCACAUUGCAGGUCCGGCCUCCUCGCCGACCGCCGCCGCUCUCACUCCAUAGAGUUGCCCCCGCGCCAGCUGGCGCGUCUGAGAAGCAUCGAGGAGCAUCCGGUCGGGCAGUCGCGCCGGAGCUCGGUGGUCAGCAACGUGGCCCCGUUCUCCCGUAAGAACUCGCUGUGCGCCAUGGGCCUGAACAAGCGCCUGUCCCUGGGGCCCUGGGCGCACUAUGGACGGGUCAGUUUUUCGGGCCUUCCCCUUUAUCGGCCCAUCCAGGAGGUUCAGUAUGAGAACACGUACAGGACGGGCCCCGAGGAGGACUCGAGGUUUAACCCCUGCAGGGCCCAGAAGGUUGUGGAGAUUGCCCUGAGGAGCUACCUGGGGGACACCAAGUACAACCCCCUGAGCAGCGGGCAGCUGGCCCAGACCCUGGCCGACCUCAUCCGCAGCAAACUGAAGGAGUCCAGCCCGGCCCGAUACAAGGUGGUCUGCAACGUCAUCCUGGGCCAGAUGGGGCGCCAGGGGGCCCGAGUGUCCAGCCGCUCCCUGUGGGACCCCCAGAAUGAUAACUUCGCCUGCGCCACCUAUUCGAACGCCACCUUGUUUGCCGUAGCCAUGGUGCACGGGGUUUACUAUGAAUGAUGGGAAUGUAGUAAAGGACCUCCAGCUGUUGCAAAACUACAACUCCCAGCAUACCCAGAAAACCAAAGCUCAUUAUUUUCCAACCAGUGUUAAUCCAGCUGUUGCAAAACUACAACUCCCAGCAUGCCCGGACAGCCGUUGGCUGUCCGGGCAUGCUGGGUGUUGUAGUUUUGCAACAGCCGGAGGUCCUUCAUUUUGGAAACCACUGAUUAUGCCUUUAGUGCAUGCUGGGAAUUGUAGACUUGCAACAGCUGGAGGGCCUUAGUUUUGUAAACCACUGAUGUAUGCCUUUACUGCAUGCUGGGAGUUGUAGUUUUACAACAGCUGGAGGUCCUCAUUUUGGAGACCACUAAUGUAUGCCUUUAGUGCAUGCUGAGAGUUGUAGUUUUGCAACAUCUGGAGGUGCACAGUAUGAAAAACCAGUGUUUUAGGCCUACAGUGCAUGCUGGGAGUUGUAGUUUUGCAACAUCUGGAGGUCCACAGGUUAAAGACCAGUUCUGCAAGCCAUUAGUGCAUGCUGGGGGGGGGUUGUUAGUUUUGAAACAGCUGGAGGUGUAUCUUUUCGAGACCGCUACUGUAGGCCUUCUGUGCAUGCUGGGAGUUGUAGUUUGGCAACAGGUGGAGGUGCACAUUUUGGAGACCAGAGCUGUAGGCGAUCAGGGCUUGCUGGGAAUUGUAGUUUUGCUAAAGUUAGAGCAAUAUGGUCAGAAUAGGGGGGACCUACUACUGCUGGUGGUAUAGGACGUGUGUGUGUGUAUAUAUAUGU